CGCGGCCGCCUCCUGGAAGCAGACGCCGUGCGGGCAGCUGGCGGGGACCGGGAAGGAGGAGGCCCCGCGCCUGGGGCAGACGGGUGAGGGUCGAUCGAACCGGCCGGGAGAGAAGCCGGCGCUUCGUCGCGCCUCCCAGGUCCGCUGCCCGCGCGCAGGGCGAGUCUCGAGGGCCGCGGUGGGCUGGUCGGCGGGGCCGCGACCGGGGCGGGAGGACCGUCUCGGACUGAGCCGGGGCUUUCCGGCACCUUUCCGGGUAAAUUUCCAGAGCGCCAAGUGUUCGGCUCCGGUUUCUGCCCCUUGGAUUUCGCUCCCGCAUGUGGGCGUCUAAAAGGAAACCAGAAGUGGGCUUAAGCGCAUAAAGCAUUCACUGUGCAGAAAAUAACAUUUUGAGAUAAGUGAUAGAGGAAAAUCCAAUACAGAAGUGCACCCUCUUGUGUGCGUAUUGCAUUGUACCGCUUGUAUCACAUUGCCUAGUAAUGAAGCCACCAUUAUGUCCUCAGUCAGUGAAGUGAAUGUUGAUAUCAAAGAUUUCCUAAUGAGCAUUAAUUUGGAGCAGUACCUCUUACGCUUCCGCGAGUUUGGUUUUAAUAAUGUAAGGGACUGUGCAGAAAUAAAUGACAGCGUGCUCCUCAAAGUUGGAAUAUCACCUACAGGACACCGGAGGAGGAUACUUAAACAGUUACAGAUAAUCCUGUCAAAAAUGCAAGAUAUCUCAAUAUAUGCAAAUGUUCAUAAAACAAAGAAGAAUGAUGAGACUUCAGAGGAUCACCAUGCUCCGUCUUCUGUUCAGAACACCUGCCUAGAACUUUCAGAUUCACACAGUGUUCAGACACCCCCAACGCAGUUGGAGACUGUUACAAGAAGUCUUGAUCAAAAUGAGGUUAGUGUGGAAAAUAGCCAGUCUUUUAAAUCAGAUGAUAAGCUGACUCUUCCUACAUACAACUUUCCCAUUCCGGAAGAAGAACCACACCUGAAUUCAGAUUCUUUUCAAGGUUCUUUAUUUGGUAGUGAAAUUACUGACGUAGAAUCUUUGACUGCACAAAAGACUAUCGACUCUACAACCGGAGAAGAACAAACAAAAAAAGUUGAUUUGAUCUCAGAAAAUGUGAGCAAGCUUCCUAGUGAAGACCCUGAAUUCCUUUCUUCCCCUGACUGUUCAGUACCAGAAGCAAAUUUUGGAAAUGGAACUAAUCGUUUAUUAGAAAGCUCCCCACCAUCCCCAUUCUUUCAAUUUCAAGGAGAAAUGGUUGUAAAUGAUUUGUAUGUUCCGUCAUCGCCUGUCCUAACACCUAUGAGAAGUCGUAGCAAGUUGGUUUCAAGACCAUCUCGAUCUUUUCUGCUAAGACAUCGGCCUGUACCAGAGCUUCCAGGGUCAGCAAAAGGAAUUUCAGGGAGCUAUUUCCGUGAGAGAAGAAAUGUUCCUACCUCAACUGGAAAAUCUAUGACACAGCAAAAUACGAAUGAGGAGAAUUCAUCUUCCAUUUUCCCUUAUGGAGAGACCUUUCUCUUCCAGAGACUAGAAAAUUCCAAGAAGAGAUCCAUAAGGAAUGAAUUUUGGACCCAGGAAGAAACACUCAAAAGGGUAACAACUACUGAAAGAAACUCAUUUUUUGUCAAAUCAAGCUUAUAUGAUAACAGGAUGGAGAAUGUAAGUGAAGACAAAGUAGAAGAUAUUUGGAUACCUCGAGAGGACAAAAACAAUCUUCCUAUAGACUCUGCUUCGGAAUCAGAAUAUUCAACAGUAGAAGAAUGCUUUCAGAGUUUAAGAAGAAAACAUUCAAAGCCAUCUAAAUCUAGGACUCAAAAAGCAGUGAAUUUGGCCUCUGUUAAUAGGCACAGUUAUCCACUAAGCUCAACAAGUGGAAAGGCUGAUUCAUCAAUCAUUUCCUCAAAUGUAAUAUCUCCCUAUGCCUGUUUUUAUGGAUCAUCUGCAAGAAAGGUUAAAUCGGGAUGGCUUGACAAACUCUGUCCCCAAGGAAAACGCAUGUUUCAGAAGAGAUGGGUGAAAUUUGAUGGCCUUAGCAUUUCUUAUUACAAUAACGAUAAGGAGAAGUAUUCAAAAGGAAUAAUUCCCCUUUCUGCUAUAUCUACGGUACGAGUUCAAGGAGACAACAAAUUUGAAGUUGUUACAACACAAAGAACUUUUGUUUUUAGAGUAGAAAAAGAAGAGGAGAGAAAUGACUGGAUCAGCGUACUGUUAAAUGCACUGAAGUUACAGGCCCUUUCCUCGCAGUCUCAAGGAGCUGUUGCACCUGAGAAAUGUGGAUAUCUUGAACUGAGAGGCUAUAAAGCGAAAAUUUUUACUGUGUUAAGUGGAAACAGUGUGUGGCUUUGCAAAAAUGAACAGGAUUUUAAGAGUGGACUUGGUAUUACCAUAAUUCCUAUGAAUGUAGCAAAUGUAAAGCAAGUGGACCGAACUGUGAAACAGUCUUUUGAAAUAAUCACUCCCUAUAGGAGUUUUAGCUUUACAGCCGAGUCUGAAAAAGAGAAACAAGAGUGGAUUGAAGCUGUGCAGCAAUCGAUAGCAGAAACUCUCUCUGAUUAUGAAGUAGCUGAGAAGAUUUGGUUCAAUGAGUCCAACAGGAGCUGUGCAGAUUGUAAAGCCCCAAAUCCUGACUGGGCAUCCAUCAAUCUCUGUGUUGUCAUCUGUAAGAAGUGUGCAGGGCAACAUAGAUCUUUAGGACCAAAAGAUUCCAAGGUUAGAAGUCUGAAAAUGGAUGCCAGCAUUUGGAGCAAUGAACUCAUUGAGCUUUUUAUUGUCAUUGGAAACAAAAGAGCUAAUGACUUUUGGGCUGGUAGUCUUCAAAAAGAUGAAGAAUUACAUGUGGACUCUCCAGUAGAAAAGAGAAAAAACUUUAUCACUCAGAAAUACAAAGAAGGAAGAUUCAGAAAAACCCUUUGGGCAUCUCUUACCAAGGAAGAAUUAAAUAAGGCUCUGUGUGCUGCUGUGGUGAAACCAGAUGUUCUGGAGACAAUGGCUUUGCUGUUCAGUGGAGCAGAUGUCAUGUGUGCAACAGGCGACCCUGAGCAUAGCACCCCCUAUCUGCUGGCCAAGAAGGCGGGGCAGAGUCUGCAAAUGGAAUUUCUCUACCAUAACAAAUUCUCAGAUUUCCCUCAACAUGACAUACAUUCUGAAGGUGGAUUAAGUCAGGAGUCUUCCCAGUCCAUGUUCCUCUGUGAUUUUUUGUAUCAGGCUCCUGCUGCAGCUUCCAAACUCUCUUCAGAAAAAAAACUGCUGGAAGAGACAAAUAAAAAGUGGUGUGUUCUGGAAGGAGGCUUCUUGAGUUACUAUGAAAAUGAUAAGUCUACCACACCUAAUGGCACCAUUAAUAUCAAUGAAGUUAUCUGCCUGGCUGUACACAAAGAAGACUUCUGUUUAAAUACCGGGCCCAUCUUUACCUUCGAGAUCUAUUUACCCUCAGAACGUGCAUUUUUAUUUGGAGCUGAAACAUCUCAAGCUCAAAGAAAAUGGACAGAAGCAAUAGCCAAGCAUUUUGUUCCCUUUGUUGCUGAAAACUUAACAGAAGCUGACUAUGAUUUGAUUGGUCAACUCUACUACAAAGACUGCCACACCCUGGAUCAGUGGAGAAAAGGCUGGUUUGCUAUCGACAAAUCUAGUUUGCAUUUUUGCCUUCAAAUGCAAGAAGGUCAGGAGGAUAGAAUGCACUUAAGAAGACUGCAAGAACUAACAAUUAGCACAAUACUUCAAAAUGGGGAAAAAUUGGAUGUCUUGCUCUUGGUAGAAAAAGGGAGAACAUUAUACAUCCAUGGGCAUACCAAGUUGGAUUUCACAGUCUGGCAUACUGCAAUUGAAAAAGCAGCAGGUACAGAUGGGAAUGCAUUACAAGAUCAGCAGCUCAGCAAAAAUGACGUUCCCAUUAUCGUGAACAGCUGUAUAGCAUUUGUUACACAGUAUGGUUUAGGGUGCAAAUAUAUCUAUCAAAAGAAUGGUGAUCCUUUACAUGUAAGUGAACUCCUGGAGAGUUUCAAAAAGGAUGCAAGAAGCUUUAAAUUGAGGGCUGGAAAACAUCAGCUUGAAGAUGUGACGGGCGUAGUGAAGAGUUUUCUCUCUGACAUUGACGACGCACUUCUUACUAAGGAGCUCUAUCCAUAUUGGAUCUCUGCCUUAGAUACCCAAGAUGACAAGGAAAGAAUUCAAAAAUAUGGAGCAUUUAUACGUACUCUUCCUGGGGUCAACCGAGCAACGUUGGCAGCUAUGAUUGAACACCUUUAUAGGGUUCAGAAAUGCUCAGAAAUCAAUCACAUGAACGCCCACAAUUUGGCCUUGGCUUUUUCCUCCUGUUUGUUUCAAACUAAGGGACAAACUAGUGAAGAAGUGAAUGUAAUUGAGGACUUAAUUAAUAAUUAUGUUGAAAUAUUUGAGGUUAAAGAAGACCAAGUCAAACAAAUGGACAUAGAGAAUAGCUUUAUUACCAAGUGGAAAGACACUCAAGUUUCCCAGGCUGGAGAUUUGUUAAUUGAAGUAUAUGUAGAAAGGAAGGAAGCUGACUGCAGUAUUAUAAUUCGGAUAUCUCCCGUGAUGGAAGCAGAAGAAUUAACUAAUGACAUAUUAGCAAUAAAAAAUAUAAUUCCUACAAAAGAUGAUAUCUGGGCCACAUUUGAAGUCAUAGAAAAUGAAGAGCUUGAGCGCCCUCUUCACUACACAGAAAAUGUGUUGGAACAGGUGCUUCGGUGGAGUUCAUUAGCUGAACCUGGAUCUGCUUAUCUUGUGGUGAAGAGAUUCUUAACCAUUGACACAGUUAAACACUAUAAUGAGAGGAAGGCCCUGGAAAGUAUCAAAGAGGGAGUCUUGAAAAUCAAAGAAGAACCAUCUAAAAUACUCUCUGGAAAUAAGUUUCAAGACCGGUAUUUUGUUUUACGAGAUGGGUAUCUCUUUCUUUACAAGGAUAUGAAGAGUAGUAAACCUGACAAAAUGUUUCCUCUCAGUUCAAUGAAGUUUUAUCUUGGAGUAAAAAAGAAGAUGAAGCCUCCAACAAGUUGGGGAUUGACGGCAUAUUCUGAAAAACAUCUCUGGCACCUGUGUUGUGAUAGUUCACAAACUCAGAUGGAGUGGAUGGCCAAUGUCUUUAUCGCCCAGCAUGAAAAUGAUAUAUGGCCACCAGCUGGAAAGGAACGAAAACGUUCUAUAACCAAAACUCCCAAAAUUGGAGGUUUGCCUCUAAUUCCCAUCCAGCAUGAGAAAAAUGCAACCCAAGACUGGAGAGAUAUUGAGAGUGCAAAAGCAGAACUUGAAAGGCUACGGCUCAGUGCAAAGCGUGACCAAGAGCCUGGGGAUGGCACCUUAAAGGAGAGAGCCUCCAUCGUGUCCCAGUGCCUGGAGCACAAGGAUGAGAAAGUUCGAAAUCGAACCAGAAAACAUUGGAGUUUCAACUGUCUGGAGGACACAGAGGCUGAGGUCCUUCAAGGGCAACAGAAAGGCCAGAAAGGCCUAAAGACAUUGAGGAAGACUGAGGACAGGAAUGGCAAAGCUACUUUGGACUCUAAUAAUAAGUUACCACCAAAGGUCAUCGAAGAGCUUAGUGUGGUUCUACAGCGGUCAAGAACCCUUUCAAAAGAGUUACAAGCUGAGCAGAUGGUGCAAAAAUAAAUAAAAUGACUUGUCUUGCAAAUUAUUUUUUUAAAUAUUGUAUACAAUGUAUGUGUGCAAACCAGAAACCAAAAUAUAUUUCAUGGUUGGUGAGAUUUGUCUAGCUAUCCUUAACCAUUUAAAGAGCAUUUUAAACUAUGUAUGUAUAUAUAAGUGUAAGAUUCACUGUGUUUUGUUCUGAACAAAGCCUGUACAGUUCAGCUAUAUUAACCUUGUGUAGGAAGGCAUUGGGUUACUGAGUGGCCAACCUUUUGAAGUACAGUUGACCCUUGAACAACAUGGGGCAAGGGUUGGUGUGUUAAUCCAUGCAUAAUUUAUAGUCAACCCCCUCCCCUGUAUACGAAAUUCCCCUGCAUUUGUGGACUGAACUAAUUGUGGAUCAUGUAGUGCUGUAGGAGUCACUGUCAAAAGAUGUCCAUGUAUAAGUGGACCCAUGCGGUUCAAACCCACAUUGUUCAAGGGUCAACUGUAGUUAUCUAAGUGGUGUAAAUUUAUGAACAGAAAUCACAAACUGUACUGUAUUGUAUAGAAUGCUCUGUAUAAAUGAAGCCUAUGAAACUAUAUGUAACACAUUUUGCACUUUGAGAAACCUUGUAUAUAAAGUUACCAUAUGUUUUUAGGUUUACAUAGGGUCCACCUUAGGAGAAGAAAAGGAAGUAAGUUGCAAAGGGGGAGGAUUUAUUUUAGUGGCUGCCUAUCAAAGCACACUUUAAAAAGAGGCAAAGAGUUGAAAAUGUCCUAAAAGUCAAGGAGGUCAGGUUGAGAUUCAUUCUAGUUCACUGUUGUUGACCAGACCUUGUUCAUGACAAACUGCUUGUUAAGAAAAAAGUCUAGUGACUAAGUAUUUCCCAAGAUUAGUAUUCAGCCACUAAACAUGAAUAAUGGCACUGGCCACUCUUCCUUACAGUGUCAGUGAAUCAGCUGCAGUGCUAAUCCAUUCACUACACUUCAGUUCUUUGCAGGUGGCUGCUGAGAGGAAACUUACACUGCAUUGAAGAGAUUGUGUGCACAGGACCUGGCAUGGAUGACACUUGCACUGUUGCUGUAUGCAAGCAAUUUUUUUUUUUUAAUUUAGAGUUCCUUACUAUCAUUUUGGUAUGAGCAACAUUCAUCAUCACAGGGUUUUAUUGUUGGUUUUUUGUUAUUGUUUUUCUUUGUAUGUUCAUUUCUUAUUAAGACUGAGUCAGAGUUUACUGGAAGUGUACAACAUAUGGCCAUCUGGGGGUAGGAGUUAGAUUAACUAUUGAUACUAUACUUGUGGGGGCUACCAGUUCACUUUUAACCUUGUCUUUUUUUUUCUUUUUUUUUUAAUAAAGCAGCAGUCUCUUCCCUGUGCCUGACGAAUAAUGACAAAGCCCUCUAUUUUUGUUUCCACAUAAAGAGCACCUACUGAGUUGGUUAUUUUCCUCAGACAGACAAUACCAUCUAGUUAUAGGUGACAUUAGGGGUGGCACUUUUUGUCAGUUUCUUUAGAAUUUUAUUAGGUCUGGUGAGUUUUGAUCAAAAUUAUUUUAGGUAGCCAAGCUUUAUUCCUAGCUUUAUUCCCCUUGCACACAGUGCAAGUGGCAUCCAUGCGAGGUCGUGUGCACACAGUCUCUUCAAUGCAGUGUAUGUUUCCAUUUCCUUUUCCCCCUGUUUUUCAGGUGUCUUAUCAGAAUUUGUAUACAGAGGCCCAUACUUCAGUCAGUCCAAUCAUAGUGCAGUAUAACACUGUUUAACGCUAUGAAUUUCUUCAUUGCAAAAUACUGAUCACUUAUAUCUGGUGGUGAUAAAAUAGUUUACCAUGGGAGUGUGAUAUUUAUUCUUUAAAUCCACAUAGAUUGGAAUUUUUUUAAAGAGAGAAACUGCUGGUCAGUUUAUAGGUGGCACUACUGGGGAGCCUUCCUUUAAAAAGCAAGAAAUCAAGGUAUUUAGGAAAAAAUCUAAAAUAAACUAUUAUUUCUGGUAAAUGAUAUUUAUGUUUUAUGAAAUAAGGAGACAUGAAAAUUAUGUUGGACAAUGGGAAAGUAUCUUUUUUUUUAACCUGCCUUAUUUGAAUACUUUUGAAACUUGAGCUUAAAAUCUAAUAACUUCUGUUUCCCUUCCCUUCCUGUACAAUUGUCUCCAUUUUUCAAGUGUAAGAUAAGGACUAAUGAUGACCUCCCAUAUAUUUUGAGUAAAAAUUAAAAUUGUUUUACAAGUCCACUUGAGUGUGACUGAUUUUCAAAAUAACCACUUUCAACUUUUCAAAAUAGAGAAAUAAAUCAAAUAGAUUGCCUUUCCUUUUUGCCUUUUUAAAAAAAUCUGAAUUUAAUAUACACUUCAAACUAGCUGUCAUUUUUUCAAACAUGUCAGUAUGAAUAUUGUUCUUUUUAAAUGAUGAAUAUAUGCAGACAUAACACAAACAGAUUGAUGAUACUCUCAUUUCUAGAGCCCUAAAGUUAAUAAAACUAAGCAAAAGUAAUUGAAGCAAAAAUAUGAUGUG